AUGAGGCCCGGUUGUUCAUAUAGCGACGCCAUUUUAAAUCCGGUCUCAUCUCUUGCGCACUUGGUAGCAGUUUGUGUGCGUUGCUUCAGGGAAUUGCUGAAAGAUGUCUGACGAGGGGAAACUUUUUAUUGGUGGACUCAGCUAUGAGACCACGGAGCAUUCCCUCGAAGAGGCUUUUUCCAAAUACGGCACCAUCGCCAAAGUCGAUGUCAUCAGAGAUCGUGAGACUGACAGAUCCAGAGGUUUUGGGUUUGUUACAUUUGAAAAUCCAGAUGAUGCAAAGGAUGCGAUGGCUGCCAUGAAUGGAAAGACUGUUGAUGGCAGAACGAUUCGUGUUGAUGAAGCUGGUAAAUCUGGCGGUCGAUCUGGUGGGUUCAGAGGUUCUGGUGGCAGGGGAUUUUUCAGAGGCAGCCGAGGAAGAGGAGGUGGUGGGUAUGGCGGUGGUGAACGUAGUUAUGGCGGUGAGAGGAGCUACGGCCGUGGCAGUGGUGGUUAUGGUGGUGGUGACCGUAGUUAUGGAGGCAGAGAUCGGAGUUAUGGCAGUGGUGAAAGGAGCUAUGGCGGCGGUAGUGGCUACUCCAACAGGAGUGGAGGCUACUCGGGUGGUGGUGGAGGCGGUGGAGGAUACAGAGACAACAGGAACCAGGGUGGUUAUGAGCGUUCUUCUUUUGGCUCCUAUAGAGACGGCUAUGACAGCUAUGCUACACACGAGUAAAAAAAAGUCCUGAUUCCAAGAUCAUCCCUUCGCUGGCUGUGUUAGAUGUGCUCUUCGAAGACUCUUGAUUUUUCACUUUGUUUAAUUUCAGUUUUACUAGUUGUAACACUCUCCUACAUAAAAUACAAGAUGCUAUCAGUUUUUUAAAACAAUUAUUUUCGUGUUCAAGCUGUCCUGAGAUGGUGUCAUUCUUUUGGGCAAUUUCUGUAAACAUUUGAGCCCGUUUUUAGAUUGCCUGUAUCUUCAGUUACCACUUGUUUGCUCUUGUUUCUCUAAUGAAAUCUGUUUUUUGAACCAUGCGUGAAUUCUCUAAUCAGUUCAGCACAGCCUGAUAGCUUCUAAAACCGAUUUGAAGUGAAACUUUGGACCAACAUAUACAGUUACGAAUGGAUUGCUGUGAAAAAGACGGUUGCUAUGGAAGAAGCAGAGUCUUACUUGGAAUUACCUGCUUCUAAAAAUUGAACUACAUCAGUCUCUCAAAAGAAGCUUGCCACGCUGUGAUGUGCUUUUAGUGGCUUGAAGUCCUUGUGUAAUGCAUUCCUUUAGUAAAGCAGGGUAGGCAUGCUAAUUUUGAGCUCACAGCUCUAGCAAGCCACCUUGGUGUUGCUAAAGAUUUGUAAAGUAUUCAGUUCCCAAAGAGUGAACUACUCUGACCGGUGCUGCCUCAGAUUAGGAGUUGAUUGAGCUCAAGGUGGCCCAAAGUACUUUGCUCUUUGUGACUUUUGAAUAAAUAAAAAAAAAGUACUGCUUGGAGAUCAGUUUUUUUAUAUCCAUGUCAAGAUUUUGUUCCUUUGGGGAGAGAAAUGUGCUGUUUUGUGUAUCAACACCUAUAUUUUCUUUUGUUAAAUUGGCUUCAUGAAGCCCAUUAAACGAAUUUCUGAACAUG